UUUUGAAUUGUUAGUUGCUAGUUGCUACGUCUUGCUAUCGCCAUUCGUCGUCCAUACUACAACGCUACAACAGUCAACAGCAUUACAAUUUAGUAUUUACCACAAUUAGUCGUGGUAUUUACUAUUUACAUACUUAAAGGCAACAGAAGUGCUAAAUACUAAUGAUCUAAUACAGAUAAAGAAGUACUAAACCAUGAACAUUGCUAAAUGCAAGAUGCUACUAUGCGAGUACCUAUUGAAUAAUUAUAAUUUAUAAAACCACUGAUAGAAGUCUCCUUAAAUAUCUUAAAAGUUUUCAUUUAUUGUUAAUGCAAUUUAUAUGAAGCGUUUGUUUGUUUAUUAUUUUUAUGUAAUUGAUAUAUUGAGGACAUAAAAUCUUAACCAGACACUUAAUAUUUAAACGACUUGAGUUUUAGUCUUACCUGGAACUUCUUGAAGAUUGAUAAUCAAAAAAGAAAGAAGAAAUUUAAGAAGUUACAUAAGUAUGCAACCUGUACAUUAUUGAAACAUGAAAUAUCCAACAUUGUUGACUGUUAGUACAUUAUUAUUGACUAUAAGAUUGUUCCAUCUGUAUAUAAUUCGCUCAUGGUAUGUCCCAGAUGAAUACUGGCAGUCUUUGGAGAUAGCUCAUUAUAUUACUUUUGAUUUUGGAUAUCGCACUUGGGAAUGGAUUGUUGGUAUAAGAAGUUAUAUUUCUGUUUCGUGGAUUGUAAUAUUAUAUAAGAUUUUAAAAUUUUUCUCCCUGGACACAUUACAACUUUUAAUAUGGAGUCCGCGCUUUCUACAAACACUUUUUUCAUCAUUUUCGGAUUAUUGUUUCGUGUCCUGGAUACAAAAACACUCUAAAUGUUCAAAUAUAUUUUGGCCAGUUCUUUGUUAUAUGUCAAGUCCUUUUUUGGCAUAUUGUUCGACGCGUACCUUAGUCAACACAUUGGAAACCAACUUGACAACAAUUGCCUUGUAUUAUUACCCUUGGUCAUUGAAGAAUAAAGAUGUCAAAUUUUUAUGGUUAGUUGCUCUUGUUUGUGUUAUGCGCCCAACAGCAAUAAUUGUGUGGCUACCAUUAAUUGUAUUUGAUUUUCUUGCACAUAAACGUUAUACUCUAAAUAACCUAGCAAGGUAUAUUUGUAUUGGUUUAACAUCAUUUAUAUUUUCUAUAACAUUGGAUUCAUACUUUCACGGUUCUUUUGUUGUUACACAGUGGAAUUUUUUGUAUUAUAAUAUUAUAAAAAAAGUCAAUGCUCAUUAUUCUGUUGAAAAUUGGUAUUGGUACUUUGUCAGUGGAUUACCACCAGUGUUGGGACCUAUAUUUUUUAUAUUCAUUUACUGUCUGAUCAAAAAAAUAAGACAUAUCAAUCUUUAUGAUACUGAUUCCAAGUUAGUAGUCACAGUAUUUUGGUCGUUGUCAGUCUUAAGUAUGGUUGCUCAUAAAGAACAAAGAUUUCUACUACCAUUAGUUCCUAUGAUAUUCUUUAUUACAUCUCAACAAAUUUCUAUAGUUUGUAAAAAGUUUAUGAAAUUAGGAACUCUAUCAGUCAUAUUAAAUAUCAUAGUAUUAAUUUAUUUAGGAAGGUAUCAUCAAAUAGGGUCUACUAGAGUUAUGCCAUAUUUAGCUAAGAUACCCCAAAAUUCAACAUUAUUAUUUCUCAUGCCAUGCCACUCAACUCCACUUUAUAGUCAUCUGCAUUUGAAUGUAUAUGCAAAGAUUUUAACAUGUGAGCCAAACCUAAACAACAUUUCAAAUUAUACUGAUGAAGCUGAUGUAUUUUAUGAAAAUCCAAAGAAGUGGCUUGAUGAGUAUUAUUCAGCUGAAAGUAAUAACAAAUUACCAACACACAUAGUUAUGUUUGAGGUACUAUCAAACACCCUACAUGAAUUUUUGACUAAAGGAAAAUACAAAAAUGUUUUAACAAUGUUUCACACCGAUUUUCCAUCUGCUAGAACUGGACGGUACAUAAUUAUGUAUUCAAAUAUUGAAUACCCUGAUAAGUAUAAUUAUUUUGAUGGUCGUUUUCAGUAAAAUAGAGUUUUAAAGUUUGAUUGUAUUUUUAUUGACUAUGUUUUACAUUUUGGGUUUGUUAUUUAAAACAAUAUUGAAGUUUAUAUAAAUUAAUUUACUAUUAGAUCAUGUUAAAUACUUGUUACCAAUUAAUGUUUAAUUGUUCAGUUAUCUUAUUUUGAAUUACAAUGAUUAAACAAUUUUCAGUGUUAAU